CGUUCUUUUUCGUUGUUCGAGAUUUUUAACAGUCACAAGAGAGAGAGCGAGUCUAUAUAAAACCCCCAAAGCUCGCUGCUACGUAACGACCAUCUCCAUUACUCGACGAGACGACUCACCCCUAAAAGAUUCAACCUUUUUUCAGAAUUCCCAAUUCAGAAGAUGAAGCUAGUGGAGAAGAAGGAGAAUGGUGAAGAAGAUGUCUGCCGCACGAUCGAGGUUUCGGAGUUUGACAGAAACGGGUUUCAGUCUCCGGACGACGGUGAAGCUGAUGAUGAUGAUGAUGAUGAUACGUUUCGAGUUGUCUCCGGCGAAGAACUUAACCUAAUUCCGCCGCUCAACUUCUCCAUGGUCGAUAACGGUAUAUUCCGUUCUGGAUUCCCUGAUUCAGCUAACUUCUCCUUUCUCCAGACUCUUGGCCUCCGCUCAAUCAUAUACUUGUGUCCUGAGCCUUACCCAGAGACCAAUCUCCACUUCCUUAAAUCCAAUGGAAUUAGGCUUUUCCAGUUUGGCAUUGAAGGCAAUAAGUGUGUUCCUGACUUAGACAACGAGGUUUGGUUGCAUUUAUGGAGUUCUAAGCAUCACAAAGAGGGUUCAUUAACUACUAACGGACUUUCGAAAACUUUGGAGCCAUUUGUGAAUAUUCCAGACCACAAAAUCCGUAUGGCACUCAAAUUGCUUCUAGAUGAGAAAAACCAUCCUGUUCUGAUUCAUUGUAAGCGAGGCAAGCAUAGGACUGGUUGUCUAGUAGGUUGCUUGAGAAAACUCCAGCAGUGGUGUUUGACAUCGAUAUUCGACGAGUACCAGCGAUUUGCAGCAGCGAAAGCAAGAGUUUCAGAUCAAAGAUUCAUGGAGACAUUCGAUGUUUCAAGCUUCAAUCAUAUUCCUAUGUCUUUCUCUUGUUCCAUCAGGUAAACAACUGUGAAGCAAAAUUAAAAGGCAAAUCAAAAGGAGAGAUGAUUAAUCAUAUUACAGUUCCAGAGGAGGAAUCAUUCUUCUCUUUCUUUUACCUUUCCCUGGAAUCAAUCAAUAAUAAUAUUUCGAGAAAAUUAUAUAGGAGUUUUAAUUUUCUUUAUGAUGAAAUUUGCUUUUACUCUUUUUUCUUCCACUACUGCUCAGUGUAACUGUAAGCAUUAUUAAGGUAGAUAAAAUACGUAUACGCAGUAAAUUCUAUAGGAGGUUUGUGUAGCUAGGAAGAUUAAUAUAUAUUUUCUUGGGUUAUCCCAAAUGUUGCCUAACGAUAAUUACUUUUUAUCAUACUUA